AGGACGGGCCCAGAGGCGCCUUCGCCUGCCGGGGCGGAAGACCCGGGACCCCGCCCGCCCUUCCCGCGGGCGGGGCGGCCCCCGCGCCGGCUCCUCCCCCGGCGCCGGCGCCCGCCCGGGACCAGUCGCCGAGCGCGGUGCCGCAGGUGGCAGCGAUGGCCCGGUUCUGAGCGCCCCGCCAUGGCCGGUGCCCCCGGCCCGCUCCCCCUCGCGCUCCUGCUGCUCGGGGCGGUGGGCAGGGCCGGCCCCCGCCCCCAGGGUGCCUCUGUAUCCCUCUCAGAGACGGUGCAGAAAUGGCGAGAAUACCGACGCCAGUGCCAGCGCUUCCUGACUGAGGCUCCACCCCCAGCCACAGGCCUGUUCUGCAACCGGACCUUUGACGACUAUGUCUGCUGGCCAGAUGGGCUGCCUGGCUCCUUCGUGAAUGUCAGCUGCCCCUGGUACCUGCCCUGGGCCAGCAGUGUGCUGCAGGGUCAUGUGUACCGGUUCUGCACCGCUGAUGGCCUGUGGCUGCACCAGGACAACUCCAGCAUGCCCUGGAGGAACCUGUCCGAGUGUGAGGAGUCCAAGCGAGGGGAGAGAAGCUUCCCGGAGGAGCAGCUGCUGUCACUGUCCGUCAUCUACACGGUGGGCUAUGCUCUCUCCUUCUCUGCCCUGGUCAUCGCCUCGGCCAUCCUCCUGAGCUUCAGAUCUCCAGAGAGCCCACGCCGUCGACAGGCUGAGCACACAGGAUGCGACGCUGUACACCUGCGCUGCACCCGAAACUACAUCCACCUGAACCUGUUUUUAUCCUUCAUCCUCCGAGCACUGUCGGUCUUCAUCAAGGACGCGGCCCUCAAAUGGAUGUAUAGCACGGCCGCCCAGCAGCACCAGUGGGAUGGGCUCCUCUCCUACCAGGACUCUCUGGGCUGCCGCCUGGUGUUCCUGCUCAUGCAGUACUGCGUGGCGGCCAACUACUACUGGCUCCUGGUGGAGGGCGUGUACCUGUACACGCUGCUGGCCCUGUCAGUCUUCUCUGAGCAGCGCGUCUUCAGGCGCUAUCUGAGCAUAGGCUGGGGUGUCCCCCUGCUGUUUGUUGUCCCCUGGGGCAUUGUCAAGCACCUCUAUGAGGACGAAGGCUGCUGGACCAGGAACUCAAACAUGAACAUCUGGCUCAUUAUCCGGCUGCCCAUUCUCUUUGCCAUUGGGAUGAACUUCCUCAUCUUUGUCCGGGUCAUCUGCAUCGUGGUGUCCAAACUGAAAGCCAAUCUCAUGUGCAAAACUGACAUCAAGUGCAGACUUGCCAGGUCCACACUGACGCUCAUCCCUCUGCUGGGGACCCAUGAGGUCAUCUUUGCCUUCGUGAUGGACGAGCAUGCCCGGGGGAUGCUGCGUUUCAUCAAGCUGUUCACAGAGCUCUCCUUCACUUCCUUCCAGGGGCUGAUGGUGGCCGUAUUGUACUGCUUUGUCAACAAUGAGGUCCAGACGGAGUUUCGGAGGGGCUGGGAGCGCUGGCGGCUCAAGCACUUGCACAUCCAGAGGGACAGCAGCAUGAAGCCCCUCAAGUGUCCCACCAGCAGCCUGAGCAGCGGGGGCCCGGUGGGCAGCAGCGUGUAUGCGGCCACCUGCCAGAUCUCCUGCAGCUAGGACUCCAGCUCCCGCCCCCCUUGGUCUCUCUGCUGGUUGGGUGGCCUUCCCAGGUGGGAGAAGACCCUCCUGGGGCUGGGAAGGGAGGGACAUGUGCCCACAUACAGCCCUGCUUUCUCUUCCCAAACCCAUCAGACAGGCAAAUGGGCAGUGCCUCCUGGGACCUGUGGACACAUUUUCUCGGAGGAAAAGCAGCCUGCUAAUUUGAUCACUGUGGCAGAAGGAGAGGAAAAACGAUUGCUGGUAAAAUAAGGAGGAUUUCUUCUUGUUAAGCCACAAGGCCCCUGGGCUUCCCUUCGACAGAGCAGCAAAUCAGCCCAGACUCAAACUCAAGGUCAAUGGCUUAUUAGUAGGACUGGGGCUUGCAAGGAGAGGUGGUUCUGAAAGAGACUGGCAUAACUGCAGCCAAACACAGCUUAGGUAAUGCGAGCCAGCCUGCUUGCCUCUGCUUGGGGUCGCCACCCCUGCCUGCCUCCUCAGUAAGGGGCACUGCUCCUUGUGAGGGCAGCUUGUUUCCCUCAUCUUGCUGCCUCAUCUACCACCACCAGCUUCUCUUUGGGGCCUUUGGCCACUGUCUGCAACUGUUUCUAGAAUGGCUGUAGGUGGGACUAAGAAUGAAUGCUGAGAAGGCGCCUGAAGGUUUCCGCUGCCAGUGCCCGCUUCUCCCCGAGUAUUGGGCUCGCUCUGGUGGCUGCUCCUACUAUUCCCAGGGAACCGGGGCAGGCUCACUGCCAAGGAGUCCAGCCCUGGGGUAUGAGCUCUGGAUUCUGGAGAUGCACCCAAAUCCUCUUGGGCUCACCUAGGGAGCCUUAGGAAUGCCCACAGUGUAAGCAUAGAUUACCUGCCCCUUCUGGGAACCCAGAGGGCAGAGAGAGCUUUGCCUCCACCUCUGCAUGGAAAUACUUUUCUUUGUGACCAGAUUAUGUAUCUUGCAUGGGAGUUUUGGUACGCCCUCUAGUUCUAGGUCACUAAGAAGACUCUUCCGGGGACACUACCAAGUUGCCAUUGUUACCUUGGAGCGAGACUUCCCCUGCCCUUGGUUUCUUCCCUGUGAAAUAUCCUCACUUGGGAGCAUGUAUAUACUUUAUUCAUUUAUUGCUGUGAAUAGUCUGUAUAUGCAAAUGUGCAGUUCUGACUUCUCCCACCUGAUGGAAACAAGAGCUAAAUCAUUAUGGUGGUUGUGGUGUUGUUUUGGGGAAGUGGGGCAGUGAUCGAUUUGACAUACCACACUUUGAGCUAAUUAAUGUUUGCCCUGCCUCUGUUCUCAUCCCGAGAAUAAUGAGCAGCAGAGAGGCUAGCUGGGGGAAACUGAUCAGUCCUGCUCCAGCCAUAGUGACAAAGCAGACACAUAGCAGCACUGUGGAGACCCAGAGAGGAGAGGAACAGCCAUCCCAGGGAGGCUGGCAAUUGAGUUCAUGGAUGCAAAGGAAGUUUCUAGAGCAGGAAGGAACUCUGAAGAGUCAGGACCUCCUGGGAAGGUAAAGGCUUUGCAUGAAUUCCUUUAUGAGUCCACCUCUCUCUCUCUCCUUUUUAAGUAGUGGGGGGCCCUCCCUGAAGUUUUGCACCAGACACAUUCUCCUGUGCCUCUCAAAGAGGCAUGUGAUGUGCAGGGAGAAUAAUAAUGGGACAUAAAACACAUCAAGCAGAAAAUUUCUUAUACUCCAGCUUCAGUGAAGUGUUGUGUCUAUGUUAAUAGGGAAGUUGAACCUCAGGCUAAAGAAAGGAAUUAUGUAGACUACCUCCUUGACUUAGAAAAUGCAGAGGUGGGGAACAGCGACAUUCCUGCUUCUCCAGUAUAAGGGCAGACUUCCCAGUAGGUGUCACUCAUUUGGCUUUCUCUGGAGUGGGGAGAUGAGCACCCGUGAGUUGAUGAGGGGUACAGUUCUGGAGCAAGUGUUUUGGAUAAACUGGGGAAGAUUUUGAGAAUCAUUAGUAUACUACACAGCAACAAAGAAAGAGACAGAUUACUAUAAUCUAUGAGAAGUGAAUUGUUGAGGCGGGAAUUGUGGGGAGAAAGUAUUUGGCUAGGCACCUGGGAAGCUCAGACAAUUUGGUUUAAACUGCAAGUAGAAUUUGUUUCCCAAGUGGAAUGGUGAUUCCUGUUUCCAGAGGGCUCAUCACAGCCUCAUGCCCUAAGUCUUGCUGCACUGAGGAACUUUGUCCUUCAUGGGUACAUACUAAAAACUGAAGAAAUAUUUUCUUUGCUCCAAGACCUGAACUAUUAAUAUUUAUUUGAAUGGCAGUGCACUCCCUCCAAGCUAUUCCCAAACUCUCCUAAGCUAAAUAUAGCUGUAACAGGUCUGGGAACUGUCGAAUGCAAUGUACUCCAAAAUUCCACUAGCUGUUUACAUGCCCGAUGCCGUAAGUCUGGAGCCUGCUGAGAACCCUUGUCUGCCGCUGUCUUGGGGGUAGCAAUGCUGACCAGCACAGUGUGGUGCUGUGCAUGAGAGCUGGGGCGCUAGUGAGGUCUGAUGACUGUUGCAAACAGAGGCUGACUUCAGCACUCUGGCCAGCUCCCCUGAUCUUGUUAGGGGCUCAGAGCUUGACAACCAGCCUUUGCCAUUUCAAUCUUUGGAGCAGCUAAAUCACAGAACUGAUACAAACCACUUACAUUGCAAACUUGCCUUCCCUUCAGAAAGUCUGUCUAGACUGCAGGCAUGAUUUUCAGUUGCCUCAGUUCAGUUCUCUGUGAGCUGAAGCCCACACCAGUGGAGUCAUCAGAGAUGCAGAGCAGGGGAAGACUGGAGCGCCCUCCUGCCCUCAUCUAGAGCAGUGAGGAGGGAGCCUUGCAGAGGUGAGUGGACCAAGGUCACAGUGCUAGAUGAUGGCUGAGCUGGGCUAGGAGUCAGGCUGACUCCCACCUGCCAGUUAGUGAGGCCUCUGGGAAGAACAAGUGAGAAGUAUAAAUGGCCAUUCAGAUAAAAAUGGUCAUUCUAAGUUGGCAGUGUUAUUGGAGGAAACACAUCAGCAAAGGUGGACACAUCAGAUGGGGAAGGUGCCAUCUCCCCAUUGAUUUAUAAUGCCAAGAGGGGAGGGAUGUACUUCACUGUCUCUGCUACAGUACCUCAUUCAGCCUUAAUGUUAAGAAAUGAAAUGCAUCAGAGCAUAUGUAUGCAUAGAAACAGCAAGUGACCCAUUUCGCAUAGCAAAUCCAGCACUCUUUUUCAUGGUCUGGCUUAAUGUUUUCCUGAUGCAUCUGUGCCUGAGUUGUACUGACAGCCACACAGAAUGGGCUAAAAGAACCUAAAAAAUGGUCCUGAACCUUCCCUUUGCCUCUCUAAUAUUCCCUGAAGUUCGAGGAGACUAGUAAACCGGGCAAUGUUAGCCUAGCAACGAUGGCACUCCUGCCACCAAAGGCAACCAGAGUCGUCUCCCAUCAUGCCCCGAAAGCCUCAGUCACCUCAUCAGGUUUCAGCAGCUCCUGUCUCUGUUUCCUCCCUGCCUCUCUCUUCCACAAGGGAAGAACACUGGUUGUGGGUGUGUGUCUGACCUGAGCACAGCAGCAUCAAGGAAGGAGAUGAUGAAUCCAGAAUCAUCGCACCCACCGUGAAGGUCACAGGACUGCACACCCCGGGGCGAGGGUAGGCGGGAGCCUGAGCGGUAGAUGCUUCCUCUCCAUGCACAGACAGGGCUCCCAUUAUUGCUAAUGCCUGCGACGUGCUCAGGGAAGGCAAAACAUAUUCCAAACGUUUGUUUUCGGUCCACCGAAUUGAUUCUAAUCUACAAUGCUGACCCUGCUUUUGGCUCCUACAAGGAGCCCAACUCUAAAGACCCUCAAAUUAAAUAUGUCGACUUACUCCGCUAAGACAGCUGUAUGAAUGCCAUGCUUAAUAUUCAACAGAGACCAAAUUAGUAUCAGCACGAGCCUUUGUUGCCUUUUCAUAGCUGGAGUGAGUUUCUUGAGAAAGAAAAAUGUGAGAAACCUGUGCAAACAACCUCACCAUGCUUUACAGUGUUACCUGCUGGCUCAAACCAGCUCUCUGGCCCCUGGCGGAGGGCCAUUUCAGGAAGCGUUGUUAAGCAGCACAAUUUGAAACAAUUAAUGCCACAGUGUGUCUACAGUAUCUGUAAUUACUUCUGCUCUGUCAGUGGAUACGGACUGGCAGGAAGCAGAUAAGUGGAAUUGUUUUCCCAUUAACUCCCUGAAGUCUCCUGGACUUCACCUCUAUCUGAAUCUUCCCUUCAGCCAAUUCAGCCAGUUUUU